AUGUCGUCUUCGUGUCGAGAGCUUUUCGAGGAAAUGGUUCGGUGUCUUUCGGACUCGGAGUGUGUGCGUUCGCAUCCUGACCCAACGCGAGCACUGAGCGACUGUGCUCGACGCGACGCCGCUGGAGUACCGGACACGUGUCGAGGGACGAUUGAGGCCUACGCAACCUGUCGAAGAGCCCAGAUCGAUCCUGCUCGUCGGAUCAUGGGUAAUCCAGCAGCUCGUGUCAAGCACGAAUAG